GUACAAAGUAUUCCAUUUAUACAGAGGAACGCCACCCCCCAUAUCUACAGAAAAUCAAAAUGGGCGCCGUGCAGCCAGGAGCAGUUGUGAGCAUUGAACACACCUGGGUGCACUCAACUCCAUACGCCGCACUGCCACCCUACGCUGUCAUCGGUGGCCACGACUCGGAUCGCAGCCCCAUCUAUGUGGGCCGAUCCUUCCACGAGGGCGAAAACCUGCCUGCCAAAGUCAUUCCCAGCAAGGGUUGUGCCUAUGUGGCCUAUGGUGGAGCGGAACACUCGAAGACCCACUACGAGGUGCUGGUUGGACAGGGCUUUGCUUGGGUGCCCAGCUGCAGCGGUGGUGUGCCGCCCAAUGCGGUUCGCAGUGGUACUACACGCACCGGCGAGCCCCUUUACGUGGGACGGGGUCACCAUGCCGGCAGCUUGAGCGUCGGCAAGGUGCAUCCUUCGCACGGCUGCCUUUACAUCCCCUUCGGCGGCCAGGAGGUCCGCAUCAACACCUACGAAGUCCUGAUCUACCAGCAGCGGGACGUUUGGGUUUCGGCCUCGCCCGCCUACACUCCGCCUGGAGCUGUUGUCGCUGGCCAUGACUCUGACCGGACUCCCAUUUACGCCGGACGGGCCAUGCACGAGGGCGAGAUGCUCCCAGCCAAGGUGAUUCCAAGCAAGGGAUGCGCCUACGUCUGCUACGGAGGCUACGAGUUCCAGAAGCCUACAUACGAGGUGCUCACCGGCUACGGAUACGUCUGGAUUCAUGUCCAACAUCACGGCAUUCCACCCAAUGCCGUUUCCACGGGUCGUGCCCGCAAUGGAGAUCCCAUCUACUUUGGCCGCGGACACCAUCAGGGCAGCCUGACUCCGGGUCUGAUCUCGUCGCGCCAGCGCUGUCUCUACAUUCCGUACGGUGGCCGGGAGAUCCGUCUCGACUCGUACGAAGUGCUCUGCAGGCAGUGAAUGCGAAUCCCCGGACCGUUAAGCCACGAACUGCAUUUAGUAUUGAACUAAGUUUAAACCCUGUAACCCUGCGUUACUUAUCCAAUAAAAUCCCAUCUUUGCUAACCUAAAGAAA